GGAGGAGGACGAACAGGAGGAGGAGGAGAAGGAGGAGGAGGAGGAGCGCGCGGACCGCAGCCCGGCCGGCCGCCAGCCAGGGCGCACGACCCCCGCAGCCCCGCGCGCUCCGGGGUGGCCAUGGAGGAGCUCACCGCCUUCGUGUCCAAAUCGUUCGACCAGAAGACCAAGGAGAAUGCGGGCGGCGGCGGCGGCGGCGGCGGAGGCGGAGGCAGCGGGGCCAAGAAGGAUUCCAUCACCUACAGGGAAGUUUUGGAGAGCGGACUGGCGCGCUCCAGGGAGCUGGGCACCGCGGACGCCGCCGCGCUCCAGGACGUGACGGACGGCGGCGGGGGAGGCCACUGUCCCAUGCAUUUGUUCAAAGACCACGGAGAGCUCGACAAGGAGAAGCUGAAGGAAUUCGGCGCCGGCAGAGGCGCGGGGGAAGGGCUCUUCGACUGCAGGGAGAAGCGGGAGGACGUGAAGUCGGAGGACGAGGACGGGCAGACCAAGCUGAAGCAGCGCCGCAGCCGCACCAACCUCUUCGACGAGACGCACUAUCCGGACGCCUUCAUGCGCGAGGAGCUGAGCCAGCGCCUGGGGCUGUCGGAGGCGCGCGUGCAGGUUUGGUUCCAGAACCGCAGGGCCAAGUGUCGGAAGCAGGAGAACCAGAUGCACAAAGGCGUCAUCCUGGGCACCGCCAGCCACCUGGACGCCUGCAGGGUGGCUCCCUACGUGAACAUGGGCGCGCUGCGAAUGCCUUUCCAACAGGUCCAGGCGCAGCUGCAGCUGGAGGGCGUGGCCCACGCGCACCCGCACCUGCACCCGCACCUGGCGGCGCACGCGCCCUACCUGAUGUUCCCGCCGCCGCCCUUCGGCCUCCCCAUCGCGUCCCUGGCCGAGUCCGCCUCCGCCGCCGCCGUGGUGGCCGCCGCCGCCAAGAGCAACAGCAAAAACUCCAGCAUCGCCGACCUGCGGCUCAAGGCGCGCAAACACGCGGAGGCCCUGGGGCUCUGACCCGCCGUCCGGCCCCGCUGGGUCCCGCACCGCCGGCCAGCGAACCCCAAAAGCCCGUGUGACACGACCCGGGCAGGGUCCCCCCUCCACCCGGACUGCUCGUGCACCGCGCAGCCGGACCCUCGCGGAGAUCCGGGGAGGCGCGCGCGCGCGCGGGAACCGGCCUUUGCUUUGCGCGCUCCAGAGCUCGCCGUGCGCCCUGGGCGCACGCAGCGUCCUGGGACCCGGUGCCAAGCCGACCCCGCGCGCGCCGUGCCCGCUCUGCUGCUGACCGAGGGUCCCCAAGCCUGUGCAUGCGGCUGACCACACACCUUUGGAAGACCCUAGACGCUAGGAACACGAACACAGACACGCGCCCUGGGGCUGGUCUCCACGGACAAGUUGGAACUUCCUGACUGCGAAGCGUGUCAGUGUGAAUGUGGACACGCACCCCGACCCCCAGGAGGCAGGGCUGUUUCCCCCCUGCCUCUGCCACCCCGAACCCCAAAUGCAGCAAUAAGCCAGUGCCCGAGGCCCCCCAGCACCUUGGAGAGGGAGGGUUGGGGAAAUGACCCCGGCACCCCAAUGCCAGGGGCGCCUGUGUCCCGGAACAGAUGGGAGCUCCUGGUGCCCAGCAAAAGCAUCCAGCUAACGUUUGCACCCUGCCUUUGAUACCCCAACCCGCACCGGCACCCCGGAAUGGACAUGGAUUUGCUUUUGUCUUUUAUUUCCUGGAGGCGCGGGGUGGGGCGCGGGCGUGGGCGUGACGGAGGCCAGCGAGACAGGGGAGGACGCAGCAAGUGCAAUACUGUACAUAGUGGACACUUAAGGAGGCGACGGCCGGAAGGGCAUCCGCCCUGUCCUGCAUGUGGUGCGGGCCUGGCCG